GGAAGCGGAAGUGCGCGCGGGGUGUUUCCCCCCUUUUUUGUGAGAGAGGCUGUUAACUUCGCAAGCUCCGUGUAGUGGUGACGUGACAUUCUUCCCGGUUAUGCUGGGGGAGACUGGAGGGGACGGUGCUCGUUACCGGUGCUGGGCCUGAGUUAACGGCUUCGUGAGGGCUUCCUGUCGCGCGGCUCUCGUCGCGGGGCCGGGCCGGGCCAGGCCGCCGCCGCUUUAGAAGCAAAAGGAGGGGGGAAUCUGCUGUUCUGGAUCAUAUUUGAGUUGUCUUUGAAGUUGCCAAAAUGGUUUUAGCAGAUCUUGGGAGGAAAAUAACCUCAGCAUUGCGCUCUCUGAGCAAUGCUACAAUUAUCAAUGAAGAGGUUUUAAAUGCUAUGUUAAAAGAAGUAUGUACAGCAUUACUGGAAGCUGAUGUCAACAUUAAGUUAGUGAAACAACUGAGAGAAAAUGUCAAAUCUGCUAUUGAUCUUGAAGAAAUGGCUUCUGGCCUAAAUAAAAGGAAAAUGAUUCAACAUGCUGUCUUUAAAGAACUUGUUAAGCUCGUAGAUCCUGGAGUAAAAGCCUGGACACCAACAAAAGGAAAACAGAAUAUCAUAAUGUUUGUAGGGCUGCAAGGAAGUGGCAAAACAACAUCAUGUUCAAAGUUGGCAUACUACUACCAGAGGAAAGGCUGGAAGACAUGCUUGAUAUGCGCAGAUACUUACAGAGCAGGUGCUUUUGACCAGUUAAAACAGAACGCAACAAAAGCAAGAAUUCCAUUCUAUGGCAGUUACACAGAAAUGGAUCCUGUGAUCAUUGCAUCUGAAGGUGUUGAAAAAUUUAAGAACGAAAACUUUGAAAUAAUAAUUGUCGACACAAGUGGUCGUCACAAGCAGGAAGACUCACUCUUUGAAGAAAUGUUACAAGUUGCCAAUGCCAUACAACCAGACAAUAUUGUUUAUGUGAUGGAUGCCUCUAUUGGUCAAGCCUGUGAAGCUCAAGCAAAGGCUUUCAAAGAUAAAGUUGAUGUUGCUUCUGUGAUUGUAACAAAACUGGAUGGCCAUGCAAAGGGAGGUGGGGCACUCAGUGCAGUGGCUGCCACUAAAAGUCCAAUCAUUUUUAUUGGUACUGGAGAACAUAUAGAUGACUUUGAACCUUUUAAAACACAACCCUUCAUCAGCAAGCUUCUUGGUAUGGGAGAUAUUGAAGGACUGAUAGAUAAAGUAAAUGAAUUGAAAUUGGAUGACAAUGAGGCACUCAUAGAGAAAUUAAAACAUGGUCAAUUUACUUUAAGAGAUAUGUAUGAACAGUUCCAAAACAUCAUGAAAAUGGGACCCUUCAGUCAAAUCUUGGGUAUGAUCCCAGGUUUCGGAACAGAUUUUAUGAGUAAAGGCAACGAACAGGAAUCAAUGGCAAGGCUAAAGAAACUGAUGACAAUAAUGGACAGUAUGAAUGAUCAAGAACUUGAUAGUACAGACGGGGCCAAAGUUUUCAGUAAACAACCAGGAAGAAUCCAAAGAGUAGCAAGAGGUUCUGGUGUUUCAACUAGAGAUGUUCAAGAACUCCUGACACAGUACACAAAAUUUGCACAAAUGGUGAAAAAGAUGGGAGGCAUAAAAGGACUUUUCAAAGGAGGUGAUAUGUCAAAGAACGUAAAUCCAUCCCAGAUGGCAAAAUUGAACCAACAGAUGGCAAAGAUGAUGGAUCCCAGAGUUCUUCAUCAUAUGGUGUGUGACUUCCUUGGUGAAAAGAUUGCCUCUGUUUUGGGAAUCAGUACGCCAAAAUACCAGUAUGCCAUAGAUGAAUACUACAGAAUGAAGAAGGAGGAAGAGGAAGAGGAGGAAGAGAAUAAGAUGUCAGAAGAAGCAGAAAGGAGGUUUCAAGAGCAGCAGAACCAGAGUCAAGAGGGGACUGCUGUCCAUACAGCUCAGCCAGAGGCUACAACCUGUAGUACAUUUGUAAAUCUCAACUUUGAAACAGAAGAUCGUCCGCUUGUUGUGGAAAGCAAACAAGAUAUUACUCCAGUGUCUGCUUAGAACGAGAACGAUGCAUUAGAAUUCUUUGCGUAGCAUCCAACGGUGUCUGGUUGUCACUGGAACAGACUUCUGGUCAUGCAGUAGGGUUUCUCCAGCCUCCCCUCCCCUCUGCGCUCCUGAAAUCUGCUUUGAAUGGCUGUAGUGGGGAGGAAAGGCAGGAGAGGCCAUGCCGCUUGAGCAGAAGUCUGCUUGUGUGACAUUGGUUAUCACACCCUGUUUCUUAAUUGUCAAAUGUUUGUAGGCUCUGUUAUGCAUGUUCAGUGGAAUGUAACUUAUUUCAAAGUAUGGUCAGAGAUACUUAACGUCUCUUCAGCCAACAUCUGUCUAAUAAAGGCUAAGACAUUUUGCUUAA